AUGUUGGACAAUCCGUAUCUAGUGCUCGGUCUUUCUCACGAUGCAUCCGAAAGUGACGUCAAGAAAGCAUACCACAAGGCAGCUCUCAAAUAUCACCCCGAUCGCCAGAUCAACCAGGAAAAGAAUGGCGAUGGCGCCAUUGAGAAGUUUACUGAGAUUAAAGAAGCUUAUGAAAUCUUGUCUGACCCUGUCAAGCGCUACGAUUGGCGACAGCAACAUGAGAACGGCAGUGCAAGAGCAACAAGAACAACAGCUAAGACACCUUUCAGUUCUUCUCGCGUACCGCCGCCACCCAACGCAUAUGAUUACACAAGUCCGGUAUCCAACUCGAGUAAACGAGCCGAAUUUAUGGCCAAGAAACACCACACCCAACAUGAAUCUAACAGAACUCCCUCUGUUUCUCCAGGGAGGAGUGCGAGACGAAAGAAGCGACAGAAUCAUUCUCCGGCGCCACGACGUUCGCCCAUGCGUUCUCCAAAAGCAUCGCCCAGAUCCGUACGACAUCCUGCAAGUUCAUCCCCUAGCAGCUGGGUCAAGCCACGUGUGAGAUCUAGUAGUGCCAAUGUACGGACCAAGCAUUUAUCCCAUUCACCAGUCUCUGUAGGCGCUGCCUGCUCUCAACGAAGAAAUGUGAGACGCUUGUCGAUGCCACACCGGCCACUUUCGGCUUCACCCCAUCGAAAGAAGCCCGAUAUGGUGCUACAGGAUGUACCGGAAGGAGUCUUCUUGCCAACCAUGGCCACCGCCAAUGGCAGAGGCUUUCGAAAAUCGGUAAAGAGAAAUUCUCUCCAGCCCGCACUCUACGAUGACAGGCAUGAUUCACCCCGCCAAGUCUUGCGACAAUCGGUUCGAAGGAAUUCUCUACAGCCUACACUCUACAAUAGCAGGCAUUCUCCCAGAAACAUUCCCAAACCACCAUUGCGCAGGAAUUCGUUGGAUCAUGGCGUCCAUGGUCGCAAAAAGCAUAUGGAACUAAAUGAAUCACCACCAAUCCGUAAGAAUUCGUUGGAGGAUGCUUCGUCUCGCAAGGUCAAGAAGACGGAGAAAAAGACAAAGAAAAGGAAGCCAAAGAGUCCAAAGUCCCAACCUCCUCCUCCACCUCGAAAAAGCAUGUUUGGAACAAAGAGCCUGAGCAUUCGAAAGAUAUUUACACAAUGA